UCGUCUAUUAAAGGCCUUCCGCAUCCGCUUUAAAGGUCUUUAAGGCCUUCGUCCGUUAAAGGCCGCUUAUAUAGGGCUUUAUGGGCGGCGUAUAAAAGAUAUCGUCUAGAAGAUAAGAAGAAGAUGAAUCCUUCAGUUUCAGAUCUACUGUGCAAUGCAAAUGUAUCAGCUGAGUUUAGAUUUGAAAAAUAUUUGUAUUUUUUGAAAACCGGUUUUGGAGACCAUUCCGUAUGCAACUUUGGUUCUGUUUUCAAAACAAAUUUCACAAUUUAUUACCCCAAGUCUAACCGGUCCCAAUUGUAUGUCCGCAAUUUAUCUAAGUUGCUACAGACUAAGUUUAACAAAACGUCAGGUUGGCCAAACGUCGUUCAUAUACAUUCAAGCCAUUCCAGGGGAAAUGUCAAACAUAAAUUCUAACCUGAGCUCCGAUUUGCAACAGAUUGCCAUCGAAGAAGUUGGAGAGGGCCUGUCAAAUCUUCCAGAUACCUUGGAGGAACCCAAAUGUUGGCUGGUAACAAAGCAAAGCCAUUUUUGUUGUCGUUUGGAUCAGGCAUAUCUUUUGCAAUUUCUCAGAGGUUGUAACUACGAUUUGGAAAAGGUGAAACGAAAACUUCAACAUUUCUACACCUUUAAGACCCUUUGUCCGGAUGUUUUUGGCACCGUGAAUGUGAAUGACAAGAAGUUUCGGCAAAUGCAUGAUAUUGGCUGCAUCGGUGUUUUACCCAAACCCCUGAAUGAGUAUGGUCCCCGCAUUGUGGUCUACCGGUAUUUGUAUUCCCCAGAGAAAUAUGGCAUGGUGGAGUUAUUGGCAGUUUGUCUGGCCACACUGGAAACCCUGAUCGUCAGUGAUCCCCAGACUUGUGUCUGUGGUCUAGUCUCCAUUUUCGAUAUGUCUGACAUAACCAUGGAUCACAUUCUUGCGUACACGCCGGAGGUCUUGAAAAAGCUGACCAUUUUGUAUGAAAAAGUCAUACCCUUCGAUAUAAAAGGUUUCUAUUUCAUGAAUGUUCCGGACUUUGCGGAUAAUUUUUUUAAUCUCUACUUGCCGUCUUUGUCGGCAGAGCAUAGGGAAAGGGUUUUCGUUUGCGGUCAAAAUAUCAAACAUAUAACUGAUAAAAUUCCCCGCAAGUAUUUACCCAAGGAAUAUGGGGGUGAAAAUGGCUGCCUGCAGGAUUUGGUGAAGGAAUUCCAUACGGUUUGGGACAAACACAGCGAAUAUUUUCGGGAAAAUCAAAAAUAUGGACUCAAAAUGGAUUUGAGCGGUACUGAUGGACCCGUUCAUUUUGAAAAGCUAGAUGAUUAUUUUAAAUAAAUUUAUUUGAAUAUA